GUGGAGGGGGUGUGGGGGAAGAUUAUUUAUUCAUUUGAGCUCAGGAGAAAGCGAGCACUGCAAUACCGGUCAGUGAAAGGCGCAGUCAAUCACCCGCUGGGAUCUAUAUAAACAGGCUGACAAGCGAGGACCCACAUUAAUUCCCUGCUUCCUCUCCGAGCAAUCAGUCGCUGCUCGCAGUCCCGGCUCGCCUCGUUCCUCCUACCAAGAACAUGGCUUCCUACAGGUUGUCCACCAACAAAGCUUCCUACAGGAGAACGUUUGGAGCUCCUUCCGCCUCGCCCGUCUCCCUCUCCAGGCUCUCUGGCUCUCCGAGGCUCCUCGCCUCUCCUUCCAGCCUGAGAGCCAGCGGUUUCCGGCACAGGCUCAGCACGCCGGUCUCCACCACCAAGAUCUCCUACGGGAAGGUGGACUUCCUCGCGGCCGGCGCCCUGAAUCAGGACUUCCUGACCACCCGGACCAACGAGAAAGCCGAGCUCCAGGAGCUGAAUGACCGUUUCGCCAGCUACAUCGACAAGGUGAGGUUCCUGGAGCAGCAGAACGCGGUGCUGGGGGCAGAGCUGAACCAGCUGAGAGCGAGGGAGCCCAGCCGGGCGGGGGAUGUCUAUCUGGAGGAGAUCCGGGAGCUGAAGAGGCAGUUGGACCUGGUGGGGAAGGACAGGGACCAUAUCCAGCUGGAGAGGGACAACCUAGCUGAGGAUCUCCACAACCUCAACCUCAGGUUGGAGGAUGAAGUCCAGAAGCGAACAGAAGCUGACAACAACCUCCUCCAGUUCAGGAAGGACGUUGAUGAUGCCACCUUAGCCCGUCUGGAGCUGGAGAGGAAGAUUGAGUCUCUGAUGGACGAUAUCGAAUUCCUCAAGAAAAUCCACGAGGAGGAAUUGCAGGACAUGCAGAUGAGCAACCAGGCCACCCAGGUGCAGAUGGAGAUGGAGGUGGUGAAGCCGGACCUGACGUUGGCGUUGAAGGAGAUUCGCACCCAGUACGAGAGCAUCGCUACCAAAAACGUGCAGGAGACCGAGGAGUGGUACAAGUCCAAGUUUGCGGACCUGACGGAGGCCGCUGGCAGGAACACUGAGACCCUGCGGCAGAUGAAGCAGGAGCUGAACGACUCAAGGCGUCAUGUUCAGUCGCUGACCUGUGACCUCGACGCCCUGAAGGGAACGAACGAGGCUCUGUUGCGUCAGAUGCGAGAGAUGGAGGAACAGUUCUCCGCCGAGGCUUCCGGUUACCAGAACACCAUCGCCCACCUGGAGAAGGAGGUCCAUCACAUGAAGGACGAGAUGGCCAGACACCUGAGAGAGUACCAGGAUCUACUGAACGUCAAGAUGGCCUUGGACAUUGAGAUCGCCACCUACAGGAAGCUUCUGGAGGGAGAGGAGAGCAGGAUCACAGUGCCUGUUCAAUCCAUGGCUUCGCUCAGCUUCAGAGGUUGUGAACGAGUCCAGGAAGGAGCAGUAAAACCAAUCGGACCAUUGAGGUCACCCAACCAUCGUGUGGAGCUGCAGGAGACAAGGACAUAGAGAGAAAGGGGGGGGGGGAGGCUGUGUUACAGUCCCGAGACCUUCCCGUGCAUCCUUCACCCCUCACCCUGCUCCUGACCCCCCCCCCCACAAAGAUGCACCCUGUUAAGCAAUGCUCUCCCCCCACCCCCCACCCUCACUACCUGAGACACAGCGAUAAUUAAGUACCACUGGACACAAAGGCUGGUAUUUGCCGGAGGAAAAUAAGCAGUUUGUCAGUGUUCAUAGUGGAUUUUAGUUGCUUAAACUCCAGCAGAAACCCCCACUACGCAUUGCACCCCAUCACACACA